CGCUCGCAGUCACAGCGCACGUGCGCACCGCGCCUCUAUCGUUCAUAGUGUUCCACGAGUGCUUUAUAAUGGUGAAGUUCGAAGGAGACUUUAGUAUAAACGCUAUUUUGAUGAAUCGCGAGGCGAGCAAGUCGCCGCCCUCGCCUACGACAUCGGCGGCGUCCCCCGCGGGCGCCGCGCUCUCCGAAGCCGAGCUUAGCGACUCGGAACUGGACGUGACCGGCACCGAGCCCGUCGACUGCUCCAAGCCCAAGCCGGACGUCGCCGAUAAGAAGCACGAGAAGCCCGCCUACAGCUACAAUGCCCUCAUCAUGAUGGCCAUCCGCAACAGCCCCGAGAAGCGGCUCACGCUCAACGGUAUCUACGAGUACAUCAUGACCAACUUCCCGUACUACAGGGAGAACCGGCAGGGCUGGCAGAACUCCAUCCGCCACAACCUGAGCCUCAACAAGUGCUUCGUGAAGGUACCGCGCCACUACGACGACCCCGGCAAGGGUAACUACUGGAUGCUCGACGCCUCCGCCGAGGACGUGUUCAUCGGCGGUACGACGGGCAAGCUGCGCCGCCGCUCUGCGCUCAACGGCCGCGCACGCCUCGCCUGCUUCAAGCGGCCGCUGUUCCCAGGCGCCGCGCUGCCGCCCGCCUACCCGCCCGCUGCCUACUCGCAACUCGUCGGCUUAUACUCGCAGCUGCUCUACCAGAGGUACGCGCCGAUGCAGAUGAAAGCGUCCCCAGUGGCCCCUGGUGCCCUGCACCCUGCCCUCCGCGGCGCCGACGCGAUGGGCUACUCGGCGCUGCCCUACUCACCCGCGCUCUACGCCUCCGAGCGGCUCACGGCGCCCUUCUUACCACCCUCGCCACCAGCGCUACGUUCGCCACCUGCCUCGGGAGCCUCCAGCCCUGACCUUCCCGCGGCGCAUCUCGCGCACCCCGCGCACCUUACGCCUCAAAGCCAUCACGCCUUGGCGCCGCACAUCUACAAGCCGGUGCCGGUGCUGACGCGGCAUUGACUACGCCCGCGCCCUCUCAUUCUAGAGGCCGGGACGCUCCCGACACCGCUCGGGGUAUCGAAUCUGUGAUUUAGUUUUAGUAGCAGCGGGGCCCGGCGCCCAGCGCUCGGCAUCCGACGCCCGGCGCCCGGAGCCCGGCGCUUUGCAAUAUUAGUGAAGUCGUUGUUCUCACACCAUUCCUCUCCUAUCUCCAUGUAAAUGUGUAAAUAUUUCCAAAGCGUAUAUUUAUU